CAUGUGCUGUCACCUUAUUUGUCCAUUGUUAUGCGUUAUGGUGGUUAUGGCGUCUGCUGCAGUUGGCGUGCGAUGACAUGAUUCGCAUCAGAGAAUUGCUUCACACAUCACUAGUUCGAGAACUUGUGGCUGUGUCGGCGCGUUUUGAAUAACAUAAAUUUGAGCUGUGCUUCGUAAACAAAAAAUGGUGCUUCAGUUUCCCGAGUCUCAUCCUCAAACGUCAUCUUAAGUUGCCCGCGUUUCUGUCGUGGUGUCGGCUCCAGUUUGAGAUCAGCGUGUGGCAAUGGGUGUUCACGGCCUGUGGCAGGUGCUGGAACCUGCGGGGAAGCCAAUUGCCCUCGAAACGCUUGAGAACAAAGUUCUCGCCGUCGACGUGAGCUUGUGGCUUCAUCAGGCCGUCAAAGGAUUCCGCGAUGCCCAAGGCAGCCCCUUGGCCAACGCUCACUUGUUGGGUUUACUUCAACGAGUCUGCAAGCUUCUCUUUUAUGGAGUCAAGCCCGUCUUCGUCUUCGAUGGAGGCGUGCCACAGCUCAAGAAACAGACUCUGGCUGCUCGUCAGGACAGGCGCACUUCUGCACAAGAAAGUGCCCAACGUAAGGCACGAUUACUGCUUCUAAAAGCCCGGCAUAGAGGUUCAAAACGACCAGCCCCCAAGGCACCUGUGGAUGACUUGUAUGUUCUGCCACCUCUGCCAGAACACUGGAACAAAUUGUAUAAAGUGGAGAAUGACGAUGAAGACUGGCACUCCGGACAUGCUCUCUGGGAGUUGUCCUCACUUGACUGCGACUCGGAAGAAUUUGCAGCCCUGCCAGCAGAAAUGCGUCACCGUGCAUUGAUUGCCAUGCAGCAUCACCAUCGUUGGGGCCGCCCCAGGAAGGCACCUGAGGACUCUGAGGAUUUCUCUGCCUACCAGCUGCAGGGCCUUCUGCGCAAGCGCACAUUGCAGCAGCGUGCUGAGGAGGCUCGUCGUGAAAUGAGACCCGAGCCAUUUUUAUGGGGUGAAGAGGCCCAUGUGAGUCGGGUUGCCUCUCUGGCCAACACUCACCAGGUCAUCCUGAACACCAGCCCCACCAAACGUGUCCUGAAACCUGAAAGUGAGGAAGGUGAUGCAGAAGAAAGUCCAGUUAAGGACUGGAAGACAGCCAGCCCACAAGUAGAAGAGCACAGGGCUGGUUCAAGCCGUGCUGUUAACAAAAGCCCGUCUUUGUCAAUUCAAGACCCCGCUGUAUUAAAGUGGUUGUCUGAAGAGUGCUCUCCAAACAAAGCUAUGCAAGAGAGUUCUGCAACAGACAAGAAUUUUGCAUGUACCCAGACCAGUGAAGCACACUCCACAACCAUCCGGUCUCGUGUUAGGAGGGUGGUGGACUUGACAGAUGUACCAGACGAGUCAGAAAAUGGGGACAGUGGUCACAAGGAUCACCUUGCAAUUUGUGCAAAGCAGGCCAGUGAUAGUGCCCAGCCAAACGUAGUGGACACUCCAGGAGCAGCCAACGGAGCAUGCAGGCAACCUCAAAGGAGUGAGGACAGCACAAGCAUCGGUUCAGCACUGCCAUCAUUGACCCAAGAUUCAUCAUCUCCCACAAUGCCUGCAGCUAAGGAUGAAGGCUCUGUGGCAACAUCUGUUGAACCAUCGGCAGUACCAGGUGAUGAGGACAAAAGCGAGAACAAGCAAGAGCUCUCAGCUGAACAAGAAGACUAUAGUUCUGCUUCAGAUUGGUCGGGAAUGCAGGAUGAGGAAAUGAGUUCUUCCAAUAUCGCUGGGAAGUCUAAGGCAUCGGAAGAGGAUGGUGACAUUGUGCUCUCAGAAGAGGACGAGGAAGAAAAAGAUGAAGAACUACUAGCAGCUAUUCAAGCCUCCUUGUCCGAGCAGCAAGAAAAGCACACCGGUGAACAACCUACAACUAGUGGUGGUGGCAGCAGCAGCAGCAGCUUCUGGAAGCCUCCUAGAACUGAAGAAGAGAAACGUGAGCUGCACAUGAGGGAACAGGAGCUGGAACAAGAAGCUGCCCGUCAGCAACGCCAUGCAGCCAGCCUCAAUGACCUGCUUGUGAAGGAGUGUCAGGAGCUUCUUGCACUGCUGGGCCAGCCGUACGUGGUGAGCCCUGGGGAGGCAGAAGCCCAAUGUGCGUGGCUGGAGCAGCAUGGGCUCAGCCAAGGGGUUGUGACGGACGACAGUGACGCCUGGCUCUUUGGGGCCCAAUGUGUUUACCGGCACCUGUUCCGCCCUGAUCGGCGGCCCAUGCGCUUUCUAAUGAGAGAUCUUGCGUCACAGUUUGGCCUCGACCGUCAGAAGCUGGUGGCCUUUGCUCUGCUGUGUGGCAGCGACUACACUACGGGUGUCAAUGGUGUGGGCCCUGUAACUGCUAUGGAGGUACUCAGCGAGUUUAAAGGAGACGACGCCGUUUCACUCCUAGAGGAGUUUCGCGCUUGGUUGGAUAAGGCCAAGGAAGAAAAAGUCCAGCCAGGCAGCAAGACACGAUCGCACUUGGUGCGCCUCUCUCUGGAGCCAGGCUUCCCCAGCAGCCGGGUGGCCCAAGCAUACCUUGAGCCCACCGUGGAUGACUCACGCGAGACCUUUUCCUGGGGCACCCCGGACCUGGAUGCUUUGCGAACGUAUGCAAACCAAAAACUUGGCUGGAGCCGGGAAAAGCUGGACGACCUUUUACUGCCAGUGCUGAAGCGGAUGGGUGCAAAGCAAAAGCAGACUCGCAUGGACCAAUACCUGGAGGCUUGCCAGGCACCACCCAAACCCAAACUGUUCCCGAGCAAACGGCUUACUAAGGCCAUGAGCAAACUGGCACCAGCGAAAAGGGCAAAGAUCCAGGAGCCACAGCUUUCUGAAGAUAGCGAUUCAAGCUAACGGACACAGAAGGGAUGCAUUCUUGGAGCCAGACGAUGGCGCAACUUCGAAUCUUGCACAGGGAACUCAGCAUGCCUCCUGCAUUAGAACUGAAAGAACAGCUCAGUACAUCUUCAGCUGGGACUGCUGUAGUCACAUACCAUUUGCUUUGUGUGGGACAUGUAUUUAAAGGCAGUGCAGUGGAAAUAAUUACCUUUUGGGCAGCACAUUGUUCACAGGAGUAUGCAUGAGUAAAUUUUUUAUCACUAAUUAACUUUGAUUUGUCAAUUAGUGCUUCAUUACUUUAAGGCACACAUUGCAAUUGCAGAAUACAAGCCAAUUCGUCCUCAAGGCAUGUGUACGAUUACUGGGAAUCCCGAGAGCAGCACCGGUUUUGCUAUGUUUUUCUUGAAACUUGCCAACAGUUGACAAUGGCAUUUCAGUUAAUAUUUUCCCUGAAUGGCAUCGCUCACACAUUGUGGGAGAAAGUAGAGCACCGAUGCAUUUUGUGAUAGAGUUAGAGGACGAGUUGACAUGCCCUGAGCAGAUAGGCUUCAAUUCUGCGAAAUUGAAAGUUGAGAGAGUUGGCAGCUGUUCAUUAUUAUACUGCAGUGCGCAGUCAACAAACAAGUGCUGACACGCAACUUGAUUUGUCUUUUGAAAACGUGGUAAAUAUACAUGCCAGCUAACUAGUACUAUGUUUCAUUGUAUAAUUGCAGCAUGUGCCCUAACGUAUCGUAUUUGAUUACUUAAUAGGUGAAUAUCUCACAUUUACUAACAAUAAUCCAUUGCAAAAAAAGAAUACAUUAUCUUUAUUGUGCUGUCUCUUUUCAUUUGAAGCAAGUGAUAGAUUUGCAGCCACUAUGUUUCCAAAAUAAAGUGCUGAAAAUGCACAUCUACA